CAUGCCAAGAUCAGGUGACGAGCGAGCGAGCGAGCGGCGCGCGACCUCGCUGCAAGUGGUCUCUCCGGGAGUGGUUCGGUUCAGCUCAGCCCGUGAUCCACGGACACAGCUAGUAAGCAGGCUGUAACCUGACGCAUCCGCUCUCCCGGUUUCGGUCGGCGUUUCGGCUGUGGCGUGCAAGCAAAGCAAGCGGAGCGGAGCGGUGGCCAAUGAUGGAUUGAAACGGGUAGAUGGCUCAUGAUGGCUUCGGCUUGCGGCUCUUGGGGUCCAAGAUUCCUAGGCUAUAAACCGUCGCUCACCGUGAUGCGUAUUUGUCGCCCCUUUUCCGUUGAAAGGAGCGAUUUUUUCUGCUUCCCCGGACACAAGUAUCACUAGUUCAUUACUGGCAGUCAGUCGACUUCGUCACCUAGCUUGUGGGGAGAGGAGAUAACUGAUGAGGUGUUAGGUUUGGGGUUCUUGGAAGAUUUCGCUUAUGUUGUGGUACGUCUAGUGCCAGUCAACUGAGGAUUGGGUGGCAAGUUGUUCUUGGUGAGAAAGGGGACGAUGGCGCCACCGCGAGGCGUGCCGGUGGCUGCGGCGCUGGGGGUCGUGGUGUUCUUGGCCGCCACUGCCGCCUUCCACGGCGCGGAGGGGAAGAUGUGCACGAACGCGUUCCCGGGGCUGGCGUCGCACACGGAGCGCGCGGCGGCGCAGCUGCGGUCCGCGCCGAUGCCCGAGCCCGUCCACCGCGGGCACGGCCACAACCACGAGCACAACCACCUCACCCCCACCGACGAGUCCACCUGGAUGUCGCUCAUGCCGCGGAGGGCCCUGCGGCGCGAGGAGGCGUUCGACUGGCUCAUGCUCUACCGGAAGCUCCGCGGCGGCGCCGGCGAGCCGCGGCCCGGCGGCGCGGCGGGGGCUUUCCUCUCCGAGGCGUCGCUGCACGACGUGCGGCUGGAGCCGGGCACCCUGUACUGGCGAGCCCAGCAGACCAACCUGGAGUACCUGCUCCUCUUGGACGUCGACCGCCUCGUCUGGAGCUUCCGCACGCAGGCCGGCCUGACGGCGCCAGGAACGCCCUACGGCGGGUGGGAGGGCCCCGACGUCCAGCUCCGGGGACACUUCGUCGGGCACUACCUGAGUGCUACUGCCAAGAUGUGGGCUAGCACACACAAUGAUACUCUCAACGCAAAGAUGACCUCUGUCGUCGACACGCUCUACGAUUGCCAGAAGAAGAUUGGCACAGGGUACCUGUCGGCAUUCCCAUCGGAGUUCUUCGACUGGGUUGAGGCCAUCAAGCCUGUCUGGGCUCCUUACUACACAAUCCACAAGAUUAUGCAAGGGCUUCUUGAUCAGUACACGGUGGCCGGGAAUUCCAAGGCUCUUGAUAUGGUGGUGAAGAUGGCUAAUUACUUCAGUGACCGGGUGAAGAAUGUCAUACAGAAAUACAGCAUUGAGAGGCACUGGGAGUCUCUCAAUGAGGAGACUGGUGGGAUGAACGACGUGCUCUACCAGCUCUACACGAUAACGAACGAUGAGAAGCAUUUGACACUGGCUCAUCUCUUCGACAAGCCAUGCUUUCUCGGGUUGCUUGCAGUUCAGGCUGACAGUAUUUCAGGCUUUCAUUCCAAUACACACAUUCCAGUUGUCAUUGGUGCGCAGAUGAGGUAUGAAGUUACCGGAGAUCCUCUUUACAAGCAAAUUGCGACAUUCUUUAUGGAUACAAUACAUUCUUCUCAUAGCUAUGCCACUGGUGGAACAUCUGCCGGUGAAUUCUGGACCGAUCCAAAGCAUUUAGCUGAGACUCUGAGUACUGAGAAUGAGGAAUCUUGCACCACCUACAACAUGCUUAAGAUUUCUCGCAACCUAUUCAGAUGGACGAAGGAAAUAGCAUAUGCAGAUUACUACGAAAGGGCACUAAUAAAUGGUGUUUUAAGCAUUCAAAGGGGGGCAGAUCCUGGUGUGAUGAUUUACAUGCUACCCCAGGCCCCUGGACACUCAAAGGCAGUGAGUUAUCAUGGUUGGGGAACGAAGUACAAUUCAUUCUGGUGUUGUUAUGGGACAGGUAUAGAGUCCUUUUCAAAACUUGGUGAUUCUAUUUACUUUGAGGAGAAAGGAGAUACACCAGCACUCAACAUCAUUCAGUACAUACCAAGCACUUUCAACUGGAAAGCAGCUGGGCUUAAUGUUACUCAGCAAAUCAAACCCCUCAGCUCUUCUGACCUGUAUCUUCAAGUUUCACUCUCCAUUUCUACAAAGACAAAUAGUCAGUCUGCCAAAUUGAAUGUGAGAAUUCCAUCGUGGACAGCUACUGAUGGUGCAAAAGCAACUUUGAAUGACAAAGAUUUAGGAUUAAUAUCUCCAGGAUCUUUCCUCUCAGUCACUAAACAGUGGAACUCAGGGGAUCACUUGCUACUACAGUUCCCCAUUAGCCUGACUACUGAAGCAAUUAAAGAUGAUCGGGUGGAGUAUGCGUCUCUUCAUGCAGUUCUAUUUGGGCCAUUCGUUCUAGCUGGCUUGUCCAGUGGUGACUGGAAUGCAAAAGCUGGAAAUGUCAGUGCAGUUUCAGAUUGGAUCACUGCUGUCCCUUCAUCUUACAACUCACAACUGGUGACCUUCACACAAGUAUCCAACGGAAAAACAUUUGUUCUCUCAAGCGCAAAUGGCUCCGUAACGAUGCAAGAGCUACCUGAAGUCGACGGCACUGACACCGCCAUCCAUGCAACAUUCAGGGCACACUCUCAGGACUCAACAGGACUGCAUGACAUUUACAGCACAACCAUAAAGGGAACUUCUAUGCUGAUCGAACCAUUUGACUUGCCAGGAACGGUGAUUACCAACAACCUUACCUUAUCUGCACAAAAUGGCUCAGAUUCUCUCUUCAACAUAGUACCUGGGCUUGAUGGAAAUUCUAACUCGGUUUCCCUCGAGCUCGGGACAAAUCCGGGAUGCUUCUUGGUGACAGGCGCAAAUUAUUUUGCUGGGACAAAGAUUCAGGUCAGCUGCAAGAGUUCUCUUCAGAGCAUUGGUGGGGUACUCGAGCAGGCGGCCAGCUUUGUGCAGACUGCUCCGUUGAGACAGUACCAUCCUUACAGCUUCAUCGCGAAGGGGGUGAGGAGGAACUUCCUUCUGGAGCCAUUGUACAGCUUGAGGGACGAAUUCUACACGGUUUACUUCAACAUCGGGGCCUGAGUCCCCAGAUUUACACUUACAGUAUAAAUAAUCCAGAAUGACGCACAUCCUUGUUGUUCCCAUAUACUGUAGUUUAGAACAUGCAAUGAAAGAGGAAAUGAGCUGUUUCAUGUGUUCCCCCUCAUAUAUUCACUUAGUGCAAUAUUGAUCUGCUCA